AUGGUCAGGCUGCUCUUCUGGAUGUCCUUAAACCAGGAGUAUAAUGAACUCAUCGAACCGGAAUUGGAAUCUCUCGCCGAACUGCACGGAAUAACGCCAGAACAGUUCAAGCUCAGUCACUACAGGGAUGAAAACGGGGAUUCGGAACCAGUCGUUGAAGACAAUGAGUACAACCUGAAGUUCAACGACUACUACACCGCUCUCGUACGGGGAGAAGAGAUCGAUGACAAGAGGAUCCGGAAAAGUCAGCAGAAUGUUUUCUACUACGCAACCGUUCCCUCAGAGGAACAUGCUAUCGCAAUGUUUGAUCGGUCCAUACAACUUAAGGCUAUCAUCGAUGUCUGGACUGAGGGGCAAAGAUACUCGAACAUACUGCAAAACAUAAGAACGCAACACCAACACAACGUAGAGCAGACGCUGGUUGGUAAAAGCUGGUGCGUCAAAUACAAUUGCUUCAAUGCGAAAAACGACACGGACAAGUUGGUGGCAAUCCUGGAGGAAAUGACCGAGGUGUUCGAACGCGCCGGAAAAGUUGACAUAAAGAAUCCGGAAACAAAAAUCGCCAUAAUAGAGAAUUAUUUCGACGACAAAUCGAGAAACCUCAGAACCAUUUACUUUGGGCGCUAUCUGCGUGACCGCAGCGACAUCGGAUACUGGUGGGACCACUAUGCGUUAUCGAAACGACCAAUACUGGCUCCGACAACUUUGGAAAACAUGCUCGCGUUCAUAAUGGCCAAUUUGGCUCUAGUCAAGAAAGGAUCCGUUGUGCUGGAUCCAUUCGCAGGGUCUGCGGGUUCAUUGAUAACGGCGUCGCACUUUGGAGCUGUGUGUUUCGGGAGUGAUAUUGAUAUGCGCAUACUCAAGGGCUGGGGAGUAGCGCACCAUAAUCGCAAUCUACCCCAAUCAGGUAAGGCAUUGUCAAACAUGCACACAGACACAGCAGACCUGCCCACACACAUAUACACCAAUUUCAAGUUCUACGGCCUCACCACGGCGGAAAUGCUGCGAUUUGACAACCGGUAUACGGUGUGGAGAUCCAUGGGAGCGUUGCAGAAUUGCCGAAAGGAAUGGGUGGAUGCCAUAAUCACAGACCCGCCUUACGGGAUACGUGCCAGCGCCAAACAUCGCAGGCUACUUCAUGACGGGACUGGAAACGAAGCUGUGCAUUGCCUAAUAGGCACACUGCUAGACCUUGCGGAGUCCAUGCUGGUCCCAGGUGGCAGACUGGUCUUCCUCCUGCCAACUAAAAACGACAGGUGGGAGGUACAGGCGAAGACAUAUUGUUCGCACAGACUCACGGACGCGCUACACGUUAUCAAGCGAGACAAACUGCUUGUGAAGCAUUUGGGCCUGCAGUCUCUAACUGGAGGUGCUUCUAGGUUUAUAGUGGUCCUCGAGAAAGCUCCAACGCCAAUUUCAUCUACCGAGGUGGAAUUUAAAAAUUAA